GCUGUGGCACGGGUGCUGGUGGACCACUACUCCGGGGUCCACCUCCGUGAGGGCAAGUCCCUUGGAGGGUCGCGCCUAUCCAGCGGUGAGGAAGGCGACGAAAAUGACGAGGACUCCUGGUGGGAGGAGGACUCGUGGGAAGGCUAUCAACUUGAAGCCUAUCCCGCCGCAUCGUACCAUGACGACGACCCCGAGCUGGUACCCCAUGAGGACCAGGAUUACGAAGAGUACGAGCUCGAUGAGCCAGAGACCAUCGCUCUUAACUCUAAGGUCAUGCCAUCCAGCUGCAAUUGGCGGCCAAUGCAGCCUUUGGGAAGGUCAAAGGUAAAGGCAAGCGCGAAGAGCAAGUGCCUUGGCUGCGGUGGCACCGGACAUUGGGCCGGUGACCCAGAAUGCAAGUUCCCGAACGGGAAUGGUAGCGGAGGUGGAAAACCCCGUGCCCAUGUUGCCAUUAUUCAAGACAGUUCUUCUGACGGUUUGCGUAUUGCAGCAGCAGCCGGUUCGCGCACAAGCUUUGUGGUGAACGAACGCCAACCUUUGCCACCUCAUCCGGGGCAAGGUUCUGGGCGACCAAAAUCCGCGCCAAUCGCAGCCCCUAGCUCGCGACCUUCGGGCGCGAGAGGAUCAGCAGACACUGCUAUGCCAAUGGUCAUGGCAGGAGGUGAUCGGAAGUUCUAUCUUGGUCAAUUCCAGGGUAAGACUUACCACGAAUUGGCGCAGAAUAUUAGCCACAUAGCUUGGGCUAAGCAACAAGUAACACCGUCGAAGCAACUCCAAGAUUUCUUAACUUGGUUCGAUAGGUGCUACGUGAUUACGGGUGGAGCCGUUGAGCUAAGAGCCUCUCUAGGAAUUCCAGAGGGCACUUACCAGCCCCGAUCUAAGCCGACGGGUGGUAAGAAGGUUCCGCCGAACCCUCCUCUCGAGCAGAAGUGCCGAGAAUGCAGGGAUUUCUCCUAUGCAGGAUCUAGCGGAAACUAUGUGCAGAAGACCUGCCGCGAUUGCAGUCACAAAACUAAGGAGAAGCGAGAGCUCGUCCUUACGCAUGAUCCUGCGACAUGCCCCCAUAGCAUCACAGACACAGAUCAUCGGGGUAGCUCACGUAGCACCCAUCGCACUUUCUGCAAGCAGUGCGGGACAUUCAUAGAGGAAGUCCCGGGCGACUUUCACAAAGAGCGCCGGAACGCUGCAGAACAAGUCCUCAAUGCAACCCUAUAA